AUGGGCCGGUAUAAGUUUCUGCAGCCUGAUCUCUCGAGGAAACGAACGUAUGGAGUGCUUGUACAACAUAACGUGUCUGCAACUGCUGUAGAGGGACAGAAUGUCAGCCUGCAAUGCAUUGUGGGAGAGGAGCAUGCUAUCACAGUCAUUCAGUUGGAAUGGAGUAAACAGCAAAUUUCAAAUGAGAAGAUCGAGCAGAAGAUUGUCGUGUUUCAUCCGAGUCUGGAUGCAAUUUACUUUAAAGCUGAUUCUCUUCUAAAAGUGGUGACCAGUCCAAAAACUGGGAAACUACUGGGCUCCAUCCUGACUCUGUAUAAUGUUACAGUGGAAGACAGUGGAAACUAUGUUUGCGAAAUUACUUCCUUUCCUAAUGGCUCAAUUAAAAAAAGUUCAAAGCUUCAAGUGUCAGAGCUUCCAGCAUCAGUGAAGAUGUUGGCUUCAUACGACUUCUAUAAAGAAGGGGACGAGGUGAAAUUAACAUGUUCAGCAAGUCCUCCACCACUCCGGUAUAAACUGAAACGGUCAAACGAUGAGCUUUUCUCGAAGAACAGUUUGAAUGGAGAGUUUAUUUUACCAAACGUCACAAGAAAAAACAGUGAUCUGUACAUCUGCUUACCUGAAUGGGACUCACAAGAACAAAAUCGCCAAGGUCUCAAUGCCACUAUGGAACUGACUGUGAAUUAUCUUGAUGACAUUGUGUGUAACCUGAGCAGCUCUUUAAACAUCAGUGUUGGUGAAGAUGCGGUGAUUUCAUGUAUCGCAAAUGCAUCUCAGAACUUGCUGUAUGAAUGGAUGAGGGGGGACGAAACACUGUCUCUCUCACACACUUUGGCUCUGACUUCUGUGAAGUCUGAACAGUCAGGAAUAUACAAACUGACAGCUGUCUUUCAGAACAAGAAGCUCCAGAUAAACAACGAGGUUUAUAUCCACGUUCUUCCCAAGCAAAGAGAAGAAAUUACAACUUGUCUUCCGUUAAAAACCACUGAACAUCAGAGCAGCUUUACCACCCUGGAGAUGAAAUCCUGGAGCAGCAGCGGUGCUACUGACAGCAAAACAACAACUAAAUCUGAUCCCAUCCUCACCAGCACUUCAAAACCAAAUACUACUGUGACAAACACACAACCCCGAAACACCAUCCAUCACACUGCUCUCACUGGCAGCUCUUUAGCACCAGCUGCUGACACUGCAUCAACAUUACAUACAAGCGCUGUACAGUCCACAAACACCACUCAUACAAACAAAACAAGCACAAGUCCAGAUCCAGAGACCAGCAGAAUAACAGUCCCCUCUGUUACGACACAGAAAGACAGCACCACCACAGGCUCGAAAAGCAAAGCAUUUGUGGCUGUUCCGAUUGUGUUAAUUUUACUCGUGCUCAUUGUGCUUCUCUAUGGAAGAUACCGGAACCAGAAAAAAAUGGAUAGGCCACCCCCAUUCAAACCUCCCCCACCACCAGUGAAAUACACAUCAGUGAGGAACCCUGAUAUCCGCAUGACUGAUAUUCUUGUCUGAAUGCAUCAUUCACUUUAGUACUCGCAGACCGUGGGCCACAAAAAGACUGACUGGAGGACUUUUCUGUUAAGACUGCAACUCUGUCAUUCAUUACUCAUCCUCUUGUUGUUCCAAACCUCUCAGACUUUCGUUCAAAACACAGAUCUUCAAAAGAUAUUUUUAAUGAAACCUGACAGACGUUAGUUUCUCCAUUGAAAGUCCACACAAACCUAACCUUUGAUGCUUCUAAAAGUCUUCAGAAGAGAUGAUUGCUUUAUAGGAUGAAUUUGUUUUAAUUUCAGCUUGUAUUCAUCAAGCUAGUAAUAUUUUAAUUUAAGGACCAAUUCCCACUAUUAACUACUUGUUAAGAUAUUGGCUGUUUAUAGUACUUUUAAAGUUUGCUAGUAUUCUACAUCCCUAAUCCUGCCCAAUAUCUAAAUCCUACUAUCUUACUGUCUAUUAAUAAGCAGGAAGCUAAUACUUUAUUGAGCUUAAAGUCAUCUUAAGUCUUGUUUAUAUUGUUUAGUAAUAGCAAGAAUUGUACCAUAAAAUAAACUUUGACCAAUCAACUGAUAUCAGUUACAGUGCAUCUGGAAAGUAGCGCUUUAGUUUUUCCAUAUUUUUAAUGUUACAGCCUUAUUCCAAAAUGUAUUAAAUUCAUUUAUUUUAUCAAGAUUCUACACACAAAACCCCAUAAUGACAAUGUGAAAAAAUAUUUUUUGAAAUUGUUGCAAAUUUAUUAAAAAUAAAAAACCUGAAAAUUCA